UUGACACUUCAACAUUGACAAAAACAAAAAAUGGGCAGAGGAGGCUCUACGAGUUCUUCUUCAUCUUCAUCUUCUCUGUACCCGCAAAACAGAGACCUCAGCACAGAUCUUAGGCUUGGCCUUAGCAUCUCAGCCUCUCAUCAAAGGUCCGAUCCUUUCAUAACAGUCAAGCCAGGUGUAAAGAAAGCAGUAGCAGCAGAAGAAGAAAAUUAUUAUGAGUGCAAUAGUGCAACUUUCUUUGUUAAGGUUUACAUGGAAGGCAUUCCUAUUGGGAGAAAAUUAGACCUGUUAGCUCAUGAUGGUUAUCAUGAUCUAAUUAGGACCCUUGAUCAUAUGUUCAACACUACCAUUAUCUGGGCUGAGAUGGAUUGUGAACAUGCUGAGCAAUUCCAUGUUUUAACUUAUGAAGAUAAAGAAGGAGACUGGUUGAUGGUUGGGGAUGUUCCAUGGGAGAUGUUCUUAUCCUGUGUGAGGAGAUUGAAGAUCACAAGGGCAGAGAAUUACUGAUGCUUAGUUUGAGUUUCUGGUCCAUCCCAUUCUGAAGAAACAUGUUUGAGAAUGAUAGAUGUAAAUUCCUUUUAACAGAGAUAAUAUGAUAGAAGAAGAGAAGAUUUUAUCUUUUGGGUUGUAAAUUGCUUCCUCCAUGUUUGUGGUGUGAAAUGUGUAUAUUUAUUUUUGUUAGUUAUCCUUUCUUUUUAUCAAAGAUGUUAAUUUUGGUACAA